CCCGCGCCUCUGCGGACGCAAGCAAAGCAACGCACCCCGAGCUGGCGAGCUCCCUCCCUCAGUCCCUCCUAUUUAAGCUCGCCCCGUCUCUGCCCCACUCAUCUCAUUCUCCAUCUCAUCUCAGCGUAUCGCCAGUCGCCAUCGCUUCAAACCAACCAGAAUCAACCUGAGCAAAGGCAACUCCGCAGGCAGCAUUUGCCCGGUCGGCCUCUGAGAUUUCCGGCAGCGAGCGCGCAAUGGCGGCGGGGAAGGCGGCCGCGGUGAAGAAGCCGUCGUUCGGGACGCGGGCGUGGCGGCUGCUGCGCCUGGCGGUGCUCUGGGCCCGCCGGGGCGGCGUGGCGCACAGCCUGCGGCUGCUCCGCACGCUCCGGCGCCACGGGCACGGCCUCGGCGGCGGGGCGCGCGGCGACCGCCUCCGGUACGGCGAGCGCGAGUUCUCCAUCGACGAGACGCCGGCGUUCCGGUUCCGCACCCCGUCCGCCCGCGUGCUCCGCCUCAUCCCCUGCAUCGCGCCCGCGGUGCCGGACACCCCGGGCCUCUACGGCGACGACCACCGCUACUUCUUCCGCGACGCCGCGGCGCGCGCGCUGGAGGAGGACGGCGCCGCGUACGGCUACGGCGCCCCGGAGAGCGAGCGGGGAGACGACGACGGCGAAGAGGAGGAGCUGAGCUGCUACUGCGACGGCGGCGACGAGGAGGAGGAGCUGCUGGAGCGCGCUGUCGCAGAGUCGUGCCGCGCCAGCACGGCCGCGGAGGGCGACGCCGGGGUGGACGUGAAGGCGGACGAGUUCAUCGCCAGAUUCUACGCGCAGAUGAAGCUGCAGCGCCAGAUCUCGUGGCUCCAGUACAACGAGAUGAUGCAGCGGAGCGUCAGCUAGAUCGAUUCCUCUGCUCAUCGUGGAUCACUAGCAGCAGCAGCAGCAGCAGCAGAGUUUGAGCAUUUGUUCAUCGAAAACAAACAUAUACACAUGCACACAGCGCCUGUAUACAGAAUUCCAGAAUUUUUUUACUACAUACUAUACAGAAUACAAUUUUUCCCCAUUGAAUC